GUAGCGGCGCGCAAGAACUACUACCGCGAUCCGGCGUCAGCCACCGCGACUCCUGGUGCAGACGACUUGGGUCUCUUCGUCUUUGACACCGCAAUCAACAGCUCUUGGCAGCCGCGUGUGGGACUGGAUGGCCUAGUGUACAAAGUUCGAUUCCAGCAGCCCACAUCCUAUCCCGCGAGCAAUAAUCUAGAUGGGACGCUGCAACUCUCUACCGUGGUCGCAUCGGGAACUGCCACAGGGUCGUACUGGCUCACAACGUCGGAGAACAUCGUGGCGAACCGCCUCGACCUGAAUCUCCCGACUGGACGUUCUCCGAGCCUUGAGAUUGCCAGUGAUGUCGAAGCUAGGUGUGCCAUCGAUUGCGGGGGGACGGAUCCAGCAGCGAUGUGCGGGAACGCCGGGCAUUUGCUCUUCGGUUCCCCUGGUGGACCAAAUAGCGAAGGCAAUGCCGUGUUUCAGCUGAUGAAGAGCGCGACUCUGCGAGUGGACUUUGCGGAUCUUCGGAUCUACGAGAUUCGCUGCUCUUACGUGCCACCCGUUGACAAGACAGUCGCUGGAAUGUACCGCGCCACGCCCGUUGACGGCAUUCUCGUGGGUGGUUUUAAGAACAUUCCCAUCGCGUCCUCGACAAAUGGGACAAUCAAGAUUAUGGAUGUGUCGUGUCGACGACAACCCACAGUCCAAGAGAAUGCGCUUCAAGACAUCCUUGCGAGGCGGAUGCAAGCGGAGACAGCACGCGCGGGCGAGGACGUUUUUCAUUUGGAAGUGUCGAUGGAGGGGGAAACUUUGAUCAUGAGCCGUGAGACAACAUCGGCAUCCAGCGGAGGAACAUCAGGAGCGAAUUCGCCACAGCUGAUACUCGCUACUAAUGGAACAUCUGGCCUCACUCCGGUCAACUUUGCGCAGCCAGAAGUGAUAACUGCGAAAGAUGCUAUGGGCGAUGGUUUCCGCUUUGUUAGACUGAAGGAUAUUGACCAGGGCAUGUAUCUUUCGCUGAACUCACUCACGACGCCAACACUGGUCUGGUCCGCAAACCCCUCGUCAGCGUACUCGACAGACGAAGUUACGCAAAUGACGUUUCAGUUGAGAGAGCACGCGCUGGUUACAACAACCACGACCACUUCCACGACCAGCACGAUUACGGAGACGACAACCACGGCUACGCAAACAGAAACAGAGACGACCACGACGCAAACCAAUACCACUACUUCGACACAAACUGAAACACAAACCCGAACGCAAACCACAUCGACAACGCUGACACAAACAACGUCAACCAGGACUGUGACAACGACGACCCUAACCAUCACAGAGACUCGAACAGUGACGACCACAACAACGAGCACCACGUCGAGCAGCACUGCAACUACAACGACGGAGACUUCCACAGAAACAUCGACUUCAACGACUGAAACCACGACGACAUCAACAUUAACGACAACGACGACAACUGAAGACGUUGACGCCGCAGAUCCUGCGCUAGAUGUGACCGUGGGCUUUACUAUUAUGUGUAAAUUUAUCUAAUUCUAAAUUAUCUAUAAAUAUAUAAGAAUUGCACCUCCACCACCACCAAACAGCUGAUGAUCUGGAAGAAGAAGACAAAAAUACAGUUACAUUUACAAUGGUUUUAUAAAUAUGAUCUUCUCCCCCGACUCCGAGGCGCAUUUCCUACACUUCUAACACUAUGUCGGUUAUUCCAAGUAACGGGACGUCAGUUGCAAACACAGUUAAAAGUGCAGGCUUUCGGAACACGAUUGUCAAUACCGUCGUCACGUCCUAUGCAGCAUCCGGGACCACAGUUCAAGCCAAGAAUGUCAACGUCACCGUCGACGUUGACUCGAGUACCUUUUUAAUUCAUACAGAGACCGACGUCGACGCUGCAUCCGCCCGCGGCACCCCAGCAGAACAAACUGGUGACAGCUUCGUAGGGAGUGCUAUUACCACUGCCAGUGGUGGGAAACGUGCAGUUGAGAUAGAGUCAGGUGCAUCUGGAGAAGGACGUGCGCAAGGACUUGUUGGAAAGAGGAAGGCAUCUCGUAGGAGCAAUAACAUGCAUGAUUCGCCUGCAUCUUCAGUGAUGGAAGGUGGAGCUUCUCAGGCGGAAACACUAGGACACCAAGACGCGGCUGCCGGAAAAGAUUCGGCAGUUGUUGCGUUUGCGAAACUGGUGAAAGAAUCGUCCGGCUCGCAAAUAGCAAGCGAUGCUGAGGCUUCGUCUAGUCGUCGCGCUGUUAGCAUCAGUGUGACGGCUCAAAUUCGGCUUCCGUCCAACACUCCCGCGAUUGCUGCCUCACCAUCCCCAUCUACAUUCAGCAGGAGCUUGGCAAGCGCACAGAGUGCCGUCGGUUUGAGCAUCAAAGGCAUUAGCGGGUUCACGACGACCCACAAGCAUGAUCCGGCCUCCACGGGUUCUGGAUUGUCCCCGCUGCUUCCCGGAGAUGGAGCUAUGUCCCUCCGUUUACCAGCAGGCCAUUAUUGCGAGUUUCAGGAUAGACGCCACACGGGACGACGUGGGCCCUGCGGUCGUAUCCUAAUGGAACAGGAAGCAGUGCAGGGGACGAGCCCAGCCAGUCGUGGCUCACUAGGUUUACUCAACUCGAGAAAUCAAGGCAUAACACCGAAGCACGUAUCUGUUUACAACUGUGAAGAUGCGUGUCUCGGUGAGCCGAACUGCGACGCCUUCUUUACGGCAAGCCUUCAACAAAUAGUACUUACAUAUUAGAACGAGUACUAGAACAACGCAUGAUCAUAUGCCCUGUUUGUUUGAUCUUGAUGUUUAUUACAUUAUACAAGUACAACCCUUCAUCAUGAUCAUCUGCGGUGGUACCACUUAUUUUUUGUUUAUAAGAGCGCACCAAGGUCAAGGACAAGGUGUAUCUGCAUCCGUAGUUCCUUAUUUUCUUUAGCUCUUGUCGUUGUCCUGAUGUUUUUGUUGGAGUUCCUCUGCGCUCUUCUUCAUAGCGGCCCUCGAUCUACGUGCGUAUGAUUAUCCGAAUAGUAACGCCGUGCUCUAUGAGGACGAUCUCUGCUGCACGCUGUACGUGAAUUGCACCGGCCAGCACAUCAAAUAUCAGGAGCCGUCGGCGGAUUGGGAGAAGUUUCCCACGAACCAAGUGUUGUUCGCAAUGCUGGGGAGCCGUUUACUGGCCGCUCAAGAUGGAAUAAGUACAGAAAUAUCCAGUGGAAAUCUCACCAGUGCGCAACGGGUAGUGAAUCAUCCCAAAGCGCUUCUUCCCCUCAGUGGCCCAGCCACCGGCGUAAGCGGGCUUGCCGUAGCUUCUCAAGUUUCCACGCCUGCUCCGUCGAACAACGGGAGUAGUGUCAUCAUCGGAAGCAACAAUACGGGCGGUGGAGUUGUCACAUUUGAUCAUGAGGACUUUUUUCUGACUGAUGGAAAUGCAGGAUCGAGCGCCUCCCAGCAGCCACAAUUCUACACUAAGAUGAGUCAGUGGCUACUUUUUACUUUUAUUAACAUAUUUACUCUACACAUUCAUCGGAUAAUAUUUUCUACCAAAAUCAAUCCCAUUUACCACUCACCUUCUCCCGUCCUCUCAGUGUGUGCUUUUUGAUUGAAGGAUCCUCUGCAAGGGGAGAUUAGAGUUUAACUAAACACCGUCUAGUCCUUUCAGCAUUAUUUACUUAUUUCUCAUUCUCGUUACACUUACAGUAUCACUAUCAGAUGUACUUGGAUCUUGAUCUUCAUCUGCUGUUCUGUGGAAAAAAAAACACUAUGAGUACAUAGAGAUAGAGGAACAUUCAGAUUCAAUAUGCGAAUCAUCGUAGGUAUGAAAUUGCAAAUGCAAAAAAGAAGUAGCUCUAGCUUCCUAUUCAUAUUCUAAUCAAAGGAUACUUUUCGACGACCCAAGAAGAAGACUCCUGAGGCGGCUGCGAAUAUUCGACGUUCCAGAUAGUGCCACAACGGCUCACAUACACGAUGGUGACACUGAGGUCGCCAUUCUCAGUGGUAAUCGUAAUUGAGUAGUCAUCAAUAAUGUCUGUGGUACUUGGCACGAGAUUCAUUGCCCCCGUGGCUUGCGGUCGAGGGCUUUGACAAACUCAUUGUAUUCUUUGUCGCACAUAAAUUAUUUAUGAUAAAUAUUUAUAAAGUUUAGAUUUGGCAUGUUGAUGUUGACUCUCAGGUGACCCGAACACCACGACCAUGACGGAAGAAAUACUCUGGCCGAACCAGGAUAGCUAUUAUCUUAUCGCCGCCGACGGAACUGAUAUGCGUUUCGCUCCGGCACGUCAGGUUUCUGGCAUCGAGGUCAGGUCUAGGAAUGGUAAUCCGGUCGCUUUCCGCGGACUGCAUAUAGACUUACGGAUUGUGGGUGCCAUUCGUUCUCUACACGAUUGUCGUUGAUUUGGUAUGCCGGGUAAUUCAGGGAUCAGAAUAUUCAUCUUCAUUAUGAUUAUCCUAUCAAGGGAAAUAAAUCGAUACUCCUUCUCCAAAACCUCAAUUUCAUACUUGCUCUCAUAUCAGGCACCGACUUCAACCAGCGAAUUUAAAGGUUAUUAAGUAGAAGCUAGCUUAGUCUGUUGGUUGGAUGAUCGAAGCGAUUUCCACUGGAUCGAGUGAGGCGGCUACCUGGAUGGAUCCGCAGACAUGGAAAGACAAGAAAUUGACCAAUUCCAGCAGGUCGCCUCGACCCGGUGCCCAGAGCUUCGAUCCAACCAUCUACUUUAACUAGCUACUUAACUAUCUAGGUUAUACCAUAACCCGCGAGUCCAAAUGCCGGAACGAACGCAAGUUAAGGUUGUGGAGAAGGAGUAUGGAUUUUCCUUUGAUAUAUCCUGAACAAAGUAGAAGACAGACUUGAUGCUUCCAUAGCUGCUAGAGCUACACAACUACAUUCCAAGUUAGCUCAUCUAAUCGCUAUGCUCAAUGUGGACCUCAUUUCACAAGCAACGCGGGCAGAAUUUGACACGGUUGCGUCGAUGCUUCAGGGAGGCAAGCGGGUACCAGAUUUAGAAGGGUCUGUGUCCUCAACUCUCGACCGCAUUCGCUUGGUAUACGAGGGACUUCUAGUGGGUAAAACUGGUGGGGAAAGGUAAGCCGCAACAGCAAGCGUCUUCUGGAUUUUUUGAACAUUUCGUUUGUUAUUCUUUUCCACAGAUUUUCGUUUUGACAAAUUAAAUCCAAGAAGAAUUGCAACUAAGUAAGGUUAAACCCGGUUGUAUUUUUGUUUUUUCGAUACUUUUUUCUAUUUCAUCUAGUUUCAAGUAGUAUUUCUGCGUCACACUCGCAAGUAUAUUGAAUUUGAGUAUGUUGUCUAGUAUAAAGUCUUGUACUUCUGAGUAUGUACGUGCCAGAUAGAUCUCCUGAAGUCGAAUUAGGAACUGUUCCGUAGUCAACGCAACACUUGUAGGGAUAAUCUCUGCGGUUUACAGACAGUCCUCGAAUGGUCCAGAUUUGUAAGUCUUGGUACAGCUUCCACAGGCCACAGCUAGCACAUAGGACGAGUUGAGGAUUUCCAAGAAAGCUAAGUACGUAGAUACAGGGGGGGGCAUGCGCAUGAUCACGAGGGCUACGUGUGGACGAGGGGUAUUCUUCGGAAAACAACGCUGCCGCAUGCUCGAGAAUCGCGCUUACCUAGCUCGAAAGAUGAGUACGUGAAAGUGCCUUACUAGUAUGCUCAUACAUUGUCUACAACUCAGAGAAUGAAAGGUAGUAUGAAUUGACAGAGACAAUCAUGAUCAUCUAAGAAGAACUACCAGUGUGAGCAGGAGCAACUACUGUAGCUCCACCUCCUUUCCCAUACACUUGCGGGAACAAGCCAACGCCAAGCGCAGCGUCGAUAUACGAAUAUUUAUAUUUUUUUCGAAAUUAAAGAAGAAGAAGAUAGUGUGCUGCACAAAGUCGCAACAGCGUCACCGCAAUAAUCCGUCCAAAGACUACAUACCAAAG